GCAGCAUGGCGUCGGAAUCAAGCGCCGUCUCUCUGGACCAGCGCCAGGAUCCACCGCGAUUCUUAGCGUAAAGUUGACGUGCGAAUUUCCGAGAAUAGCUCUGCGAAAAUGUGAUGCACGCAUGUCGGAUUGUCAUUGCGAUUAGUUUCGCGACGUAAGCGGGAAUCCAAAUCGAAGACGAGAUGGACGUACGUUUCCCCGUCACGUGCUUUCUGCUUAUCGCGAUGAUAACCCUCGCGGGUGCAGGUCAGCUAUCGAUGAAAGAGCAUCGAACUCAGGCGGCUUCCGAAAAAGCUAAUGACUUAUGGUGCUAUCAGUGCUUUACAAUGGAUGACGGUGAGGAGUGUACCAAUCUAACUAACAAUAUCGGUAAUUCCAGUACCUUCAGGCAUAAAUGUACGGAUGACAAAAGAAUGUGCAUGGUGAAACGAUUUUCCUAUACAUUGAGCACUGAGAACUCGACUUCCAAUCCACAAACGUGGUCCAUGGAAAGGAAUUGCGUCAACAAGUGCGAGCCAGGAUGCAUCGUGAUCGGGGAACGCACUAAGCUCUAUGCCUGUACUGCCUGUUGUGAGACCAAUUUGUGCAACAACGGUACCGGUACUGCUAACGACCUAACGAUCAAAGAAAUCGACCUUCUACUAGCUCUUAUGCUCCAAGCUAUCUUGACCGUUAUCAUGUAUCCAUCGUGACAGUAUCAAUAAAGUAUUUCUAGUUAUAAUUCCUCCUACAUCUGCGGAAAAUCUAAAAUAAUAUAAUA